AUGAAUAUGAAUUUGCGAGAGUUGCUCUCGAACAGCGCCGACCUGCGAGAAGUUAUCUCAAGCGCUAAUUAUUCAAGUAAGGCAAUGCAAAAGGGGUAUCGCGUAACAAUGCAGCAACGGAAAGGCUCAUCACUUAUCGUCAUGAUUAUGGGUAUAAUGCUAAUUUUCUGCAUGAUCAGUUGGUCAAAAUCAGCUGCAUCUUCGAGGAUGGAAAAGCUCUCCGCUUUUCGCAUACUUCCUUUACAUGAGUGGGUGCGUGGAUCAAGGAAUAGCCUCCACCCAAAAGUGGCGGAAGCUUACGAUAUUUGGCACAAAUGCAUCAGCGACAUUUUACUCCCGGUUCUUGACAAUCCCAAACAGUUAUGGUCCUCGUUUCGCGGUGCUGUGAAUACCUGUUAUUCUAACACACCUAUGAAGAAAAUAAAUUUGACAGGAGUUCGUAACAAGGACGAGUUCAAAGUUCAUAUCUUCAACAUUACGGAGGAGAGCCCUUCAACAAUCAUCACUCUGGGAGUUGGAGGAGAUGUGCUCGCAGAACAAAGGCUGAAGGAACGCUUACCAAAUGAAACACUUUUCUAUGGUGCCGAUCCGAUUUACGAAGAAAACGGUCGUCUUUAUUCAACAGUAGGACAAUUCUUUCCGGUGGCGGUCGGGAACGAAACAAAACUAACGAGAGCAUAUGUCAUGCCGAAUCUUUCAAACGGAAAGUAUGAGUUCCGUACUAUGCUGCAUCUCGACGUUAUCACAUUCCUAAAAGAUCUGACGCAAACUCAUUUUAUCGAUCAGCUUUUAAUGGACAAUGAAGGUGAGGCGUUAUCGCCUUCGUCAGAGCCUGGAAAAAUCAAAGCCAUUUGUGAUUUAUCCUCUCAAGCGCCCUAUCACCCUACAGAAAGCAUCCAAACGAUAGGCAAACUCAAACAGCAACACAUUGCCCUUUCUGAGCGGUCUGUGCGCGCCUGGUUCCAGCGCUUCAAAGCCGGAAACAAGAAACUCGAAGAUGAGCCUCGCUCUGGUCGACCGACUGCAAUGUCGUUCGACGAACUGAAGAAUCUGGCGGAGCAGCAUCCAAAUGAAGGUAUGCGGUAUCCUGCUGCCAGUAUUCGCUGUUCGCUGUCCUCUGCUCGAAGCCACAGAUUCGACACCAUUAUCACUGCAGAUGAAAAAUGGGUCCUCUACGUCAACCACACCAAUAAACGUGCGUGGUGCGCUGGCGAUGAAAUGCCGGAUCCUUUCGUGAAAGCACGACAGUUACUGCCGAGGUCUUCUACGCUCAACUGCAAAGACUGGCCUCAAGAUCCGCAAGGAGCACCCGGAGCUCAACAAGAUUCGCCUGCUGCACGAUACAUCGCGAAGAAGACUUCCCAGAAAAUUCUGGAGCUCGGAUGGGAAGUUCUACCGCACCCACCGUACAGCCCGGACCUGGCCCCGAGCGACCACCUCUUCCGAUCGCUUCAGCAUCACCUGGAAGAGAAGCGCUACGAUGAUCGUGACCACCUCGAAAAUGACCUUCGUGCUUUCUUCGCCUCCAAGUCGCCGGAGUUCUACGCCAAAGGAAUCCGUGAUCUUGUGAGACGUUGGCAGAAGGUUGUCGAUGUUGAUCGUCGAAUAAUAAAAUGUCCUGAAUAUGAUCUUUUGCCGAUGAUGGGGGUCAGACGUGAAUUCGACGAAAAUGAUAUAAUUGUUUGUCAAAUCAACGCUGAGAUUCAUCGUGGUCAUACCCAAUUCGAAGAACGUUUUGCUAACGUUAUACGAGGUAUUUUAAACGACCGUCGUUAUGCUAUUCUUAAGUGUUUCUAUCUUUUCCCAUAUCUUCAAAGGACUGGAAAUUUUGCGAAUUACAUCGGAUUUUAUGCCUGCUCUGCCAAGAUUAUUCCCUCUUCGGCAUGCAAUUUCGUAGCAGAUGAGCUGCAUAAGGAGCUCUCAUGA